GCGAAUAACGCGGAGUCACGUGGCGCGGUGCCGGAGCGGCGGCCAAUAACGCGACGCGGGAGGAGGCGCGUCCGCCUGUCAUGCCGCUUUCAGGAACUGGAGGAGCAGAAGGGCGUGUGUGUGUGUGUGUGUUAUUAAUAAUCAGCCGAGCAGAAAGUCCCACAGUCGGCGGACAGCAAGCAGAGCAGCACCGGAGAGACGCGGGUAUUGGCGGAGAGCGCGGCCACAGAUCUGACUAACCGGAGCUCUGACGCGGAGGAGUGUUAGUGCGCGAUCCGCCGACACACACACGGGUUAAUCUGAGGAUCUUCUUCUGUCAGUGGAGCUGAUGGCAGUGAACCCACCGCGCGGGUAAUUCAGCAUAUUAUGAGGAUUCUGCCUUUCGGUUUCAAUGACGGGUAAGAUGGAGACGCCCUUCUACCACGAUGACAGCGUUCCAAACUUUGGGCAGAUUCCAGAGUAUGAUCGAUACCAGAGCCACAAGAUGAUGAAGAAGAGCAGCGCGGGGCACAGUUUCCCAGGAGGAGGUGGUGCAGGCUCGGGUCUGAAGCUGCUGCAGGGGCCGGCGGGCAGCGGUGCGGGGGGCAGCAGUGGUGUGGGCAUGAGCUCCAGCACCGGAUCCCUCAUGCCCACCGCAGACAUCAACCUGCUGAAGCUGUCCUCGCCCGAUCUGGAGCACUUGAUCAUCCAGUCCAACCAGGGGCUGGUCACCACGAGCCCGGCUCCCGGCGGCUCCGCCAACCCCUUCCUGUACCGCAACCAGGCCACCAACGAGCAGGAGGGCUUCGCGGACGGGUUUGUCAAGGCUCUGGCUGACCUGCACAAGCAGAACCAGCUGGUGGCGCCGCCCUCGCCUACGCCCGCGCCCCUGCAGAGCUCAUACCAGCGCAGCCUAAUGCCCAGCGCAGACAUGCCCAUCUACACCACUCUGAGCAGCUACACCCCAUCCCCGUACCCCGCCGGGCAGCUGUACCCACACACCUCCGCCCACACCACAGGGCUCCACCCUCAGAGCCGCGGACCAGAUGCACCGCAGACGGUGCCUGAGGUGCCGCACCCCCCCGGCGGGGACCCCUGCAGCUCUCCGCCUGCCCUCUCGCCCAUCGACCUGGAGACGCAGGAGCGCAUCAAGGCGGAGCGCAAGAAGCUGCGGAACCGCAUCGCCGCAUCCAAGUGCCGCAAGCGCAAGCUGGAGCGCAUCUCGCGCCUGGAGGAGAAGGUGAAGGUGCUGAAGACGCAGAACUCUGACCUGGCCUCCACCGCCGGCAUCCUGAGAGAGCAGGUGGCGCAGCUCAAGCAGAAGGUGAUGAACCACGUCACCAGCGGAUGCCAGAUCUCCGUCAGCUCCGCCAGCAUGGGCAAGGGUGGAGACAGCGGCUGCUGAGGGGGUGGAGCUGCGGGCGGAGUCUCUCGCCCAGACCUGGAGCUUGCUCUCUCUCUCUCUCUGGGAGAAACACCUCCAUCACCCCUCCAUCACCUGUUAAUUACCUAUACAUCACCUCCAUCAUCUGUGCUCCUCAAACCUGCACAUGCGGAGUGUGUUCUCCAGCUGAACACACACACACACACACACACUCUGCAGCUGGAGGAUCAUAAAGGGAACCAGACUCAAUUCACUUGGAUUUUACUUGUCUUUGUUUUGGAGGUCUUCUCCACGCUCCGCACAGGGCAUCCUAAUGUUCACUUCAAGAGGAGGCAAACGAACAGAAGAGAGCCGUGUUUCCUAGACACUGCGUUUAGUUCAGCCGCUGGAUGAUCUUUAUAUGUAGUAGGGGUCUGUGUUUGUGUAUUUGCUGAUCGUGCACUAUUAUGCAAAGGUUUUCCAAAGCAGAUGUGGACCAGAAUAAUCCCUUUACGGAGACGCUCAGUCCCUCACUAUCAGCGGACCGUUUGUUUGUUUGUUUGUUUAUUUGUUUGUCGGCUGGUUUGAUAUCGUGCAAUUUGUGAAUAUGAGAAUAAUAUUUUAUACAAACCGAGACUUUUCCAGGAGAAAUAAAGGACUGUUGGAUGUGAACAUCACACACACGGUGCGGCGUGACACUUUAACCCAAACCUUCUGGAGUUGGGAAACUCCUGAGCAUUCCGAGACCUUUUGCACUGUAAUCUCCCAGCGGAGAUGCCUCUGAAUAAUGGGUUAAUGGUGUGUUACGCCAUUAUCUGAUGAGUAUUAAUGCUGGGUUAACCUGGGUGAUGGUGUGGGGAAGAAGAGCACAAGAGUUAAACCUGACACCAGAACAAAAGGGCUUUGAUCAAUAGUGUUUGAGCUUAUUUUCCGUAUUUUAUGUUUUGUAUCAAUUAUUAAGCAGUUUUAUUUAUACAGGAUUUAUAUUUAUGUUGUUGGAGAGGAGAGGAAGGGUACUGUUCAAUACUAGUGUCUCGCAGACACGCUAUUGUCUGGAAACUACACGACUGCACACAGGUCAGAAACAUUAAGUGAUGUAAUAUUUAUCCUCCGUGUACAGCGUGACGGCCUGGACUAUAACUACAGCUCUGUGUUCAGCAGACAUACGAGAAUAAAUGAGAGAGUUUCUGUGUGUGUGUGUGUGUGUGUGUGUGUUCAGCGUCGCUACACAGUGCUGGUCGAUGCCUUUCUUACAGAAGAUGCAGAUUACUUUAUUUAUAUACGGAUGUCCAUCUGAAGACGAUCAAUAGGGAAAUGAAUCAGGCAGGCUGGAGAAUUGUCAAUAACCCUGUGCAACAAGAGGAUAUUUAUUUUUGGAAACUUGAAUAAGGUUUUUGAUGUCACAGACGUUGUAUUUUUGUACAAACAAGUUUCAGACGUUUUUGUGUAAGACCAGUGUGUGUGUGUGUGUGUGUGUACAGUACCUACUGUAUUGCUCUUUAUCAUUCCGAAUAGCUUAUUUAUUGAAGUGUUUUCACUGAGCUGUGCGCUGGUGUUUUCUUUAGCGUGUCCGUGUUGUUGUUGGUGUGUGACUCUUCAUCUACCGUGUGCUCAUUCGUCCUCCUAGUGCUCCAGUUUUGGCUUCAAGUGAAGGUCCUGGAUUUGUUGUGUACCGUGCGCUCCUCCUCUUCUUCUUUCUUUAGCACGUGUCUUAUAAACAUGUACUGAGAGUUUACAUUGUGUGUACAGGACGGCUCUGAGUGUUCAGUUUAAUCAGACUCACAGUAGUGUGAGGUUUACAGCUGCCGUGUUUCAGUCCAGUCGCUGUAUAUCUCUGUCAGAUGCUGUCGGCGGUUCUGGAUUCUCGUUUACUGUUUAUUUCUGAAGGACUGGCGGUCGGACGUGUGACUGCGGGGCGCCUGGCCUCGCGCUGUACCAGCUGGUGUAUUUGCUUCUAAAUAAUAACACAGUCUUCAAAUGCUGUUCAUUGUUUUCUUUUUUAUCAACAAUAAAGAGUAGGUUUCUGAA